AUGAUCGAGUAUGAGGAUGGCUUGCAGAUCCUCUGUCGGCUACGAGGCUCUGUCUUUCCUUUGGCCUUCUUGCUCACUCUGCCCAGUGUUAUACUCACUGGCGCUUGGUGCUUGCUCAUCAAUGACGUGACCGAGACCAGCGAGGUGUUGGAGACCAUCGUCCAAGAUGACUUUAAUAAGAGCCAGGUGUGGAGUGCCCUCACAGCCUCCUUGUCGUUGCUCAUCGCCUUCCGCACGCGGCAGGCUUUGCAGCGCUUUUGGGAAGGCACCACCCUGAUGCAUCAAAUGCGAGGCGAAUGGUUCGAUAGCGUGAGCUGUUUGAUCUCCUUCUCCCGGGCGGCUCGAGACACCAAACCGGUGGAAGUUCAACAGUUCCGCGAUGGGCGUCUCUUGCAGAAGCGGCUGUGGGCCCUCCGCCAUGCGCUGGAAGCCGCCGACGCGGAGCAACGCCGGCAGGCCAUCGAGAAGCGUUUGUCUCCCCAGCUUCGGCAAGAGCUCUUGUGGCUCAUGGAGAAAGUCCCCAGCUCGCGCGAGCCGCGAGGAGUGCCAAAGAUGAGAUCUCAGGAUCCAUCUCGGGUUCGUGCCAGUUUGUGGACGGUGCGGACUUCAAAGGGUCGCUACCAUGCAGCACGGCUCACCUUCUCCGGCGUGGUGAUUGCCACCCGGGCCACGGCUUCGAAGGCAGAGGCCUUGCGCCUCCGUCGCCGGGUGGAGGACUUGGCGCAGAGAGCCGUUCGAUCAGGGUGCCCCAUGGAUGGGCCCUUGGAAGGUUUCCGCACUGCUGUGAACUGCGCAGCAGAUUUGGACCUGGGACUCAACUUCCGCUUGGUGCUGGACCUGCGCCGAUACGUGGGGCGCAAAAUCCAGUCGCCUGUGUUGGGCUCCAUCGAAGACGUCCUGCGCUUGCGGGAACGUUUGAUGGAGGCACAGAAGGGUGAGAAAGCUUGGCCGGCUUUGCGGCGUGAGUGGGUCGCCUGGAUGACCUGCCCUCGGCGCCGACGCUGGAAGUCCUGCUCACGGUCCCAUCGAGAGGCUGAGGAGCUCAUUGAGAAGGCGGAGGCUGAGUGGAACGUGACCAAGGCCAAGAAGCUCCGAGAUGCUCGGCAGGCGCUGCGCCUGGCGCGCGCUGCGCGCGACGCAGAGGGCGCGCUGCUGGCGGAGCAGCGGGUGAAGCCACUGAAGCGGCUUGGUAGGAUGGGCUUGACCAUCGGAUGGGUGAUGCGCUCUUUCCAACAUGAUCAACCCAGUCCUGGAGUCCUCUCCACUGCGCUUGGCAACACCUUGGUCCGCCUGGCGAGCGUCAUGCACGGUUCGGCCUUGGACGAGAUUUGCGGCGAAGGAGCCGCCGGACAGGUUUGCAUGGACAUCACCGGUCUCGACAUCGACACCCUCAGAUUUCUCAGGGACUGCUAUGAUGUUUAUGGCUUCAACAAGGUCGAAGCUCUGCAGCACAUGAUCCAGAAUUUGGUGACCUACAACCAACAGAUCGGAGUGUUGACCAUUCCCCCUCCCAUCCUUUCGCGAGUCUAUCAGACACUCUCGCGAGGCUUUGUGAACCUGCUCAAUGCCAAGAAGAUUGCAGACACACGGUUUCCCUUUCCCUGGGCUCAGAUUAUCACCAUGCUGAUUGUGUCUUAUUGCAUCUCAACGCCUUUGGUGGUCUCCGCGAUUAUUAAGCAAUAUGCAUGGGCGAUGUUGGUGACCUUCAUUCCGGUCUUCAGCAUCAUCGCCCUGAACAUCGUUUGCGCACAACUGGAAAUGCCCUUUGGCAGCGAUGCCAACGAUUUGCCGCUGCAGCAUUUCCAGGAGGAGAUGAAUCGGGGGUUGCUGCUGUUGAUCCACGAGAUGACGGAUCACAUCGUUUUGACACGCGACAAUGCGGUCAAGGAUCAUAACUCAUUGAUGAGGUGUGUGAGUCGAGAAUUGCGGGGCAGCGUUGUGGCAGUGAGAAGUACCAUGACUGGGGCAGCCUACUUAGAAGUGGAAGCAGACGAAGAUGUGGGCGACGACACUGCGGCAGUCCCCCGCGAGAGCCGAGUGCUCAAGGUCAAGGAGGUUGACCCGAAGGAGAAGUUGAAAGAGGAGAAGGCCCUCAGCACGCUGGACGCCCAAAGUACGAGACGAAAUGCCGACUUGCUCAACCAUCAGCUGACCGAAAUCGCGCAAAACACGCAUGCCUUGGAGGCGAACACGAAGGCGCUUCGAUCCCUCGCCAGCCUUUUCGACUCGGUGGAUGUGAGCAGUGAAGCUCAAGCAACGCCGGACAACGGACGGCAGCUGCUGAGAGAUCUACGGAACUUGCUCACGCGCGUCCAGGUGGAUGAUCCAGGCCCCGUGGUGAACGCCCAAAGCGCCUUCUGCGCGCGAUGUGCCUGCGAGACGUCCCCGGGAUGA